GGCUGCCUCCACGCGCGGGGAGGGGAAGGGAGAUGUUGUCAUUAAAGAUUCGCCCCCAACAUGGCGGCGGCCGUGAGCGGGGCUAAAGAACAAGAAGGGGUGAUGGCGGCGAAACCGCCGGCGGACGGCCGGGCGGGAGAAAGCGGAAUGGAUUCGGGGACGGCGACCGUGACAGCGGGUGCCGGUGGAGGAACCGGCGGCGGCGAGAGCGAGGACGAGGAGGAGAGCAACGUCUACGAGGUGGAGAAGAUCUUGGAUAUGAAAACGGAAGAUGGAGAAGUGAAAUACAAAGUACGGUGGAAAGGCUAUGCACCAGAUGAUGAUACAUGGGAACCUGAGGAACAUUUAAAAGACUGUAAAGAAGUUCUUCUUGAGUUUCGAAGGAAAAUGCUGGAUAAUAAAUCUAAGCCUGUUAAAAAAGAAAUACAGAAAAUGCCUUUAAAUGAUGAUCUUUUUGAAGCAGAUUCUGAAGCAGAUAGCGAUUGGCAAAGUGAUACAAAAGGGGACCGAUCACCAAAGAAGAAAAAGAAAAAAUCUAAAGACAAAGAAGAUAAAAACCAAGAUGAAAUACACAAGAAAAAACAUAAACUGGGCAAAGUUAAAGAAAAACCAUUUCUAGAAUGUGAAAAUUCUUCUGACAGUCUGGCUUCGGAUUCAAAACCAAAGAAAAGGACUUCGGAGUCAAAGGAAGAGGUUAAAGAUUCCAAAAAACAAAGGCGAGAGGAUAUAAAAGAUAACAGUAAAAAAAAAGAAUGGAAAGAUGGAAAGAAAAAAAUGAAAGAGGAGAGCAAAGAAAAUAAGCAUAUGCAAAAGGGGAGACACAGUAUUAAUCAUUUAGACGGCGAAUCUAGCAUGCAAGAUGAUUCUUUUUCUCAAGCUGCAGAUUUCGAAAGUGAAGAUUCAGACUCUGAUAGCAGUGAGGGAAAACGUAAGACGCCUUCUGGCAAACACUGGGUAGAAGAGUUUUCAGUUCACCAGCCUAGUAGUACUUCAAGCACAGAUGACAGUUCUGAAAUAAGGGUUAAAAAGAAGAAAAAGAAACGCAAAAAGUCUGCGGAGUUAGACGAAAACAGAAAAAUAGAUAAACAUUUGGAGAAGAAGAGCACCCAGAAAAAGCAGAAGACUCCAGAGACAACAAAAGCUGCUCCUGAGCUCGAAAAUAAGAGGCCAUUUAUAUCUGCUCCAACGCAGAAGCCUUUGAAAUCGUCGGUUGAUGAACGAGGAUGCAGGCCCAAUGAUACAGGCGCAGAGGGGAGCAGUAACACGAAAUGGAAAAGCAAAGAGGCAAAACCAGUCCAAUCUUACGGUGGGAAUGUGCUUCAAAAGGCAACCACUCCUGAAAGCAAAGCAAAGAAUAUAAAUUGGAGAAGUGAUGAGGAGAAAAUAAAGGAAAAGCCUUCUCAGCAUUCUCUAGGGCAGAAUCUUUUUGAAAAAUUUAUCAUGGACAUGGAAUGCAGUAAAGGAGGGAGCAUGGUUGCCAAGAAAAAUCUCCCCAAAAUUGAGCUGAAUGUUGAAGAAAUCCCAAAGGAAAGAAGCAUUUUACCUAAGGAAAAGGAAACCAAAAAAAGUGAAAUAAAAGAAAAACUCCAGAAGAAAUUAGACUCUGAAAAGGAAGAAAAAAACAGAAAAGAGCAAAGGCCGUCUAAAAAUUUGAAAGAGGUCAGGAGUGCAUUUGAUGUGUUUAGCAUCUCUUCAGAAGAAAAAAAUGAGUAUUUGGACAGUCGAAAAAAAGAGGAGUCGGCACAUGAGUCUAGAUCCACAGAUGAAUUUAGAUUAAAAGAUAAGCAUGGCAGGAGCAGCAGAGAUGAGACCGAUACUUGGGCAUACAUUGCAGCAGAAGGUGACCACGAAAUAACUUCUGAGGACACUUCUGAUACAAAGCAACAGACCAUGAGUUUAGGUAUGGACAUGCAAUUAGAAUGGCUAUCACUAGAGGACUUUCAGAAACAUCUUGAUGGAGAAGAUGAAGAGCCCCUGACAAAUGACGUGAUAUCAUCAGUUCAGCUGCGAGAUGCUGUUAAAAAUGGGAACUAUACUAUGGUAAAGAUGGCACUUAAUUCAAACGAAGAAUAUAAUCUUGAUCAGGAGGAUUCUAGUGGAAUGACUCUGGUGAUGCUGGCUUCUGCAAGUGGUCACGACGACAUUCUUCGACUUCUUAUCCGGAAAGGAGCUAAAGUUAAUUGCAAACAAAAGAAUGGCACAACUGCAUUGAUUCAUGCAGCUGAAAAGAACAAUCUAACUACUGUAGCCCUUCUCUUGGAAGCUGGUGCAUAUGUGAAUGUGCAGCAAAAGAAUGGCGAAACUGCACUAAUGAAGGCUUGUAAGAGAGGAAAUUAUGAUAUCGUCCGUCUUAUGAUUGAAAAUGGAGCUGAUUGCAAUAUUUUAUCAAAGCAUCAGAGCAAUGCUCUUCACUUUGCGAAACAGUGUAAUAAUUUAUCGGUAUCCGAACUCCUCAGGAGUCACCUGGCUAUGCUAACCCGAGUGGCAGAAGAGACCAUCAGGGAAUACUUUGAAGCCCGUCUUAGUUUGAUGGAACCAAUAUUUGAUAUUGCAUGUCAUCUGCUUUGUGAGGGACCAGAUUAUUCUUCAGAAUUCACCUAUAAGGCCCCACAGAACGUGCCUGAAGGAUCUGGGAUUCUUUUAUUCAUUUUCCACGCAAACUUUUUGGGGAAUGAUAUCAUUGCUCGGCUUUGUGGACCAUGCAGUGUGCAAGCUGUGGUUUUGAAUGACAAAUUCCAGCUGCCUGUGUUUUUGCCCAACAGAGCCUGCCAUCCUGGCCAGACAGAGCAGCUUACUCAGCGGAUCUUACAGGAUAGUCACUUUAUUUAUUCCUUCAGUCCUAUUCAAGGCCUUAACAAGCUCUUCAUACGUUUAGCAGAAGUCCCAACAGCAAAGGUUAAGCUGCUGAUAGCUGCCUAUAGAGUGCAAUUACAGUGACUUGAUGCAAUUUUAUUGGACUCUCUUCCUCAUUCGAGUCUCAAGAAGUAUGGAAUUCCUGGUGCAUUCAGUGUUGUUUAAUCUCAGUUCAUUUUGUUUGAAUGCUAUUUACAUGUGAAACUUCCCAUUAAGUAGCAAAUACACUGCUUUAAAACAUUGUGAGAGAUUUAUUUUGUAGACCUACGUAGCUGUAUUUGUGUCAAUGACUGUAAUUCAACUUGUAAGGCUCAGCGUAACAUUUCCACAAUGUGGAAUGAUAGUUUUUAAGAGCAAGUAUCUUGGUUGUGUAUUAAUGCUCACAUUUUGCCCUGAUUUUGAUGUUUAUAUUUAAGUUUAUAUAAAAAAAAACCAGCUAUAAAUUUCUAUUGCUGUUAUAAAAAAAGAACUUAAUAAAGAACUUCUGUGACUAAUUUAUCUGAGCAGAAGUUUAAUAUAAGAGAAAUUUAGGAUGGAUCAUUUAGAACAUAUGAACAAAAUUUGUACCAAGAGAUAUGGUAAUGAAAUAAUGGGUAGUGUUUUAUUCUUUAGGUUUAAUAGGUACAGGAGAAAAUAGUUUUUCAGAUACAUUUGGGAUAUUUUUUUUAAGGCAGAUUAUAUUUAUAGAUUUAUGUUGAACUCCAGCCAUGCAAUGCUCCCCAAAUGAUUAAACUAUUGCCCUGAUCUAAUCUAUAUUGGUUCUGAGAUAAAAAUGUAAGAUGUGCAUAAAUCCUAUUUGGAUGUAAAAAUUAAAGUUUUGUUAGUCAAACUUCA